CCGGAAUUUGAAAUUUAAUCCCCCAUUUCGGGGGGAAAGUAAAACACAAUGCCCAUGACAUUGUGUGCUAGAUGGCUUAUCGUUUGUGUAGGAGUGAGCAAAAAACAAACGCAAAUUCGGAUGGUUUUCAGACGGACAGGCCUAUUGUAUGCUGCGUACAUAUCAAUGCAUGCGAAAUGGUUUAGCUGGAGCGGAAGUCGGAGAGGUGAUCUGUCCCAUCGAAUCAAUUGCCAGUGAUCCAACAAUAAUCCACAUUAGAUGCAAUAUCGAUUCGAAGGACUGUAAUGAUUUAUAUAUAAGCCUUUAUUCACUUAUUCAUUUCCGAUUCCGGAAGACGUAUUGGGAGAGUCAUUGGACUGCAGGAGAACAGCAAAAGAAGAGGCAACUGCAACAAGAAAAUCAUGCAUACAGUCAGGAACUGGAGGAUGCGGCCAAGCCUAUACCAAUACAUUCCUCUUACACCAGCGAACAUGUAAUUUUCAAGUCGGGAGGAGAAGCGGUGAUUUAGGAACAUUUUUAGAUGAAACAAACGCUCACGAUUCACCUGCAAUAGAAAACUGGAGGAGUUCAGAGGAUGACACAUUCAGCGCUCUCAUGAACCGGCUGCGAAAUGUUGCAGUAGACGUAGAAGAUGAUCUCCCUAGGUGGCUUGAAGAGGCCGAAGAAGCGCAAUUGGAUUCACCGCGUGUAGUCCCACAUGAUUCAAUUCAGCGUUUGUUAGCCCGCCUCUGAUCAACAUAGGUUUUUAUUCUUUCAAAAUCUGGGAGGGGGUUUGAAUUCCAUAUAUGAAACCAUUUUUAUAGGCUCGAAUAAAAAAGUGGUUGGAAUUAAUGAUAAUUGUCAAAUUAAAAUGCAAAAUCGAUCAACCAUGCUUUAAACUACCUUUCAAAAUGAUGAAACAAGACAAAGUAAGGAUGUAAAUUGUUGAUUAUAAUUAUGAAUACUGAAUUUCGGAGACGGAUUUUUAGACUAUUUUUGCAGAUAACUAGUGAGAUGAGAUAAAAACCUUGCUGUAUGUUCUCGAAAUUAUCAUAUUAGAGUUUUAUUGCUCCAAGGCAUUUUUAUGUUCCUUCUUUUCUUUUUGUUUAAUUUCAUGUUCUAAUUCCCUCCUUUAAUACUAUCAUAAGCCUGUAGAGUUGUUUCAUGCAUGUUUCUUUUGAGAACAUUCCAACUUCUCCUUUUAAUUGUCAUUCAAGAGGGCAUUUAAAGAUCUGGCGGAAAAGCUUGCACGUAUUUCUAUUUUGUUUUAUGAAUUGUCGUAAUGCGAUGGCAAUAUGACAAAGAUAUAAAUUUCUUUAUUUUAUGCCUCAAUACAUACGUUUGUUCCAUUUACAAUAUCAUAUUUUGAAAUAUUUUUAACUAGGAUAAUUUUAUAACAGUAGCGUGUAAUUGUUCUCAAGCUCAAUGAAAGACUGUUUCAACCUCUGAAAUUAUAUUACAAUGUUAAGGCAGCAGUUUCAUGAUUACAUGCACUUGCGUGUAUAUGAUAACUAAAGAAAAUCGUAAUGUUGAUAUAAAGCAAAUUAUUUUUAAUGAUUUUACAUUAUUUUAACUGAAUCCAGAAUAAUUUGUAUUCCUGAAUGCAGUAUGAAAAUUUACAUUCCCAUAUCAAAAUUAUUGCGUGUGGGCGAGGCAGUGACAUCAGAUAAGAUAUAGUUUAGACCAGACUUAUUUCAAUAUUUACAGUAACGAUGUGCUCAUGACAAUGAUGAUAGAUAUUAUGUGCUAUAGUCACGUCAAGUCCAGUACUAUUAAACACAGCCAAUGGUACUAAGCUAGAUCCCCAUCACUCUCUGAUUGGGCUGAUAAAUCACUGUGCUGUCAUCAAUUUGAAACAAAUCUUUGUUUACACAGUCAUGUAGCGGACAUACUAAAUGAAGAUGGG